CUCUCAAGUCACAUCCCCAGUGCAGGCUCAGCCCCACUGAUUAGUCUGCUCUCCCCUUUGCAUGGGACACAGGGAGGAGGACUAGCCUGGCCUCUCCCCCCCACCCCUGGGGCUCUCCUGGAGCAGAGGAGCCAGAGCAGCACAGGGCAAGGGGGGGAGGAGAGGAAAAAAAAAAAAAAAGAAAUCAGGGAGACAAAAAAAUAAAAUAAAUCCAGGCUUGAAGAGCAGAAGCAAGGGGGGUGAUCAUGCUUGAACUGUUUUAGGGUCUCUGCUGGGGGGGCCUGGGACCUGGACAGGGCUGGAGCCAGCAGGAUCUGCAGCCACAUGCCCCAGGCCGGGGGUUCAAGUUGCUUCCAGCAGCUGUAGAUCCGGACAGGUCGGUGGGUCCUGCUAGCGAGUCAUGAUGGUUGAAUCUGCCUCGGAGACAAUACGAUCCACUCCCUCCAGCCAGAACGGGGUCAGCAGCCUCGCCAACCAGACAGACGGGGGCGGCGGAGGUGGUGGCGGAGGUGGCGGCAGCGGUGGACGGGAAGGAGGAGCCAGCGGGGAAACGAAUGGAGAGAUGAGCCCCGUGGAGCUCCUGCACUUCCAGCAGCAGCAGGCUCUCCAAGUGGCAAGGCAGUUCCUUCUGCAGCAGGCCACGGGGCUGACCUCUCCCAGCAGCAAUGAGAACAAGCAGCCGGCAGUCCAGGUCCCCGUGUCUGUGGCUAUGAUGUCGCCUCAGAUGAUCACUCCACAGCAGAUGCAGCAGAUCCUCUCUCCUCCCCAGCUCCAGGCUCUCCUUCAGCAGCAGCAAGCGAUAAUGCUGCAACAGUUGCAGGAGUACUAUAAGAAGCAACAGGAGCAGCUUCACCUGCAGCUAUUGACGCAGCAGCAAGCCGGAAAGCAGCAACCCAAAGAGCAGCCAUUAGGGAAUAAACAGCUGGCGUUCCAACAGCAGCUCCUGCAAAUGCAGCAGCUGCAGCAGCAGCACCUGUUAAACCUUCAGCGACAAGGGCUGGUCGGCCUUCAGCCAGGGCAAGGCACCGUCCCCCUGCAGACCCUUCCGCAAGCUGUGUGUCCCUCAGACCUCCAGCAGCUGUGGAAAGAGGUCACCGCUACCCAGCCUGUAGAAGACAGCAUCAAACAAGAGGGCCUUGACCUCACCACCAACACUUCCAAUUCUACCUCGUUUUCGGCCGCCAAGGUCUCACCUCCCAUUUCCCAUCACUCUCUUCCCAAUGGACAGAGCACCAUGCACACACCAAGGAGGGACAGCUCUUCUCACGAAGAGAUCCCCGGCUCUCACCCUCUCUACGGACAUGGAGAAUGCAAGUGGCCUGGUUGCGAAACCCUCUGUGAGGACUUGGGACAGUUUGUCAAACACCUCAAUACGGAACAUGCACUUGAUGACCGCAGCACGGCUCAGUGUCGAGUUCAGAUGCAAGUGGUACAGCAGCUGGAAAUACAGCUGGCAAAAGAAAGCGAGCGUCUCCAAGCCAUGAUGGCCCAUCUCCACAUGCGACCUUCAGAGCCGAAGCCUUUCAGUCAGCCUCUGAACCUGGUUUCGAGUGCCACGCUCUCCAAGAGCACUUCAGAUACCUUCCCAGACGGCUUACCUCAUCCCCCCACCUCCGCCACCGCCCCCAUCACGCCCUUGCGGCAAGGCCCGUCCGUCAUCAGCUCGUCCACUCUGCACAACAUGGGGCCCAUCCGCCGGAGGAACUCGGAAAAAUUCUGCACCCCGAUAUCGUCAGAGCUUGCACAGAACCACGAGUUUUACAAAAAUGCAGAUGUCCGCCCGCCCUUCACGUACGCCUCGCUCAUCCGGCAGGCCAUCCUUGAGACCCCAGACAGGCAGCUAACGUUGAAUGAAAUCUACAAUUGGUUCACGCGGAUGUUUGCCUACUUCCGGAGGAACACUGCCACCUGGAAGAAUGCCGUGCGCCACAACCUGAGCCUGCACAAGUGCUUCGUGCGAGUGGAGAACGUCAAGGGAGCCGUCUGGACGGUCGACGAGAACGAGUACCAAAAGCGAAGGCCACCAAAGAUGACAGGGAGUCCAACCUUAGUCAAAAACAUGAUUUCAGGACUCGGUUACGGAGCACUUAACGCGAGUUACCAGUUGUCUUGUGUCUCCCUGGUGCAGGCUGCCCUGGCAGAGAGCAACUUCCCCCUCCUGAACAGCCCCACCAUGAUCAACACCAGCUCCACCAGCGGCAUGCUCCACGUCGGCCACGAUGACGUGAGCAGCACCGUGGAACAAGUCAACAGCAAUGGCAGCAACAGCCCGCGGCUUUCCCCGCAGCAGUACAGCCAUCAAGUCCACGUUAAGGAAGAACCAGCCGAGGCCGAGGACGACAGCAGGCCCGUCUCUCUCAUGGCCAGCACCAACCAGAAUGUGACGAUCCCCGACGAUAGGGACCUGGAGGAGGAGCUGCCGGUGGAGGACUUGUCUUAAGGGCCCUCCCUCCUGUCCUGGGGGCAAGCACUUCCCCCCUCCCCGGUCAGAGACAUGGCAACGGCUCCCACCUCCUCGAGGUGACCUUCAGCGUUAACCUGUUUCUUAAAGGCACUUCCACAAAGCAAGAGGGUUUCUUCAGUGCGACCUGUUGCUGACGGCACGCCCCUCCUCCCUCACCUUCCCCGUCCCCAUCCCCAUCUCGGUGACUCUGACAGACUCCCAGAGCGGGGGCCGCGCAGAGCAACGAGGAAACAAGAGAGCGUUGAACUUCCCCCCCACUCCCUCCCUUGGCUAGAGACUGGUGAACGAGGAUGGUAGGUUGUUUCUAUCCGAAAAUUUUCUCCCUCCUUUCCCCACUCCCCCAACUCCGUGGCAAAAGGAAGACGGCUCCUGUCGCAUCGGUUCUUUCUCAGUAUUUUGCUGGGUCUCGGUCCACGCCUGGGCUGUUCCAGUGGGCUGCUUUGCACCGUGUGGUUGCUCUUUUCCGUCACCAAGCCACGUUCUGCCCUCCAAGCCUCGCGCCUCCGUCAGCUUUCCCGGCGACACCUCCCCGCUGGAAAGAAUCAGCUGUGAAGUCAGAAGCCUGCCAAUUGCCUUCCCUCUCCUCAUUGCACUAGGAGAAACCUUGAACUCCCCCCCUCCCUCAUGCACGCCACCUCCAGAUAUCCAAGCAGCAGCUGGACACGAGACCUCUGCAGCAGCCUGGAAGUUCACCCCGUGCCCAUCUUGGUUUGUUUGCUGGCUGGGGAUGAAAAGAAACAGUUGGGCCCGUGGGAACUUGAGCCUGCUGUAACCUCACGCAGCCCCGUUGCGCUGUAGCCUCCAAUGGGUCUUACCGCCAAAUACUAAACCACUUGGAGAACAGAAUAGCCAACCUGUGUUUGUCUCCCCUCCCUCACCCUGUCUGUUCCCAAUCCCGGCCUGCUCUGGGCGGCAUUGAGGUGGUGGUGGUCAUUACCCGGUUGAACACAUGCUUCACAGUAAGGGCAGACGCUCAAGAUUUUGUUGCUCUCAGACACAAAGAAGGGGGGGAUGCCUUUCCCUUCCCCAUCCCCUCCUGUGAAAAUGUCGGGAGGCUGCCAGGGGCCCAGCUAAAAGCCAGUGCCUGGGCCCCAGAGAGCAAAACGGGGGGUCAAAUGGGAGUUUGAAUUCAGGGAAAGACUCAAGCCCUUCUCUGCAGGAUGCUGUACCUGACCAUCCCCUGCCUACCCUCCAUCCCCCUUUCUUCUCCAUGUCUGUGAAAUGUUCUCAUGGGGUGAACUGUAGAGCAGGGCCUCUGCCUGCCUUGUUGAGCCUUCCUCUUCCCUUCCCUGCUGCAGAGCACGUCAGGAAAGGGUAGAGCAUGGAAGGUGCGUCUGGUGAGCUGUCCUCGCUUGGGUUACCUGGCGAGUCCUGGUUUGUAUUAGCAUAGCUGACCCAUGCCAACCAGCCAAAUCAAAAGGAGGAAGAGUGGGGCCUGGACAGGAUCUCUGAACUGAAGCAGAGCUUGAGCUGCCUUAGCUGACAGCGCAGAUCCUAAAGCAAUACGUACUAUAAUGCCACUGCUGCAGCUUGGGAGGAGAGGACCCUUUGCUUCAGUAGCUCACAAGUGUUAAGCAAGACCCGGUCUCCCAGCUUGUACAGCGCAGAGCCUGGAGUCCUGCCACCCUUACCAUGUUGGAGGCUCGGGUACAGAGUAUUGUAUGCUAGGCGCAGUCAUCUGCUUUUGAGCUCUUUUUUUUCUUUGUCACGAUGGGAAGAUACCAAAUGAUGUCUAGGGGUAGAAGGUCUGAACUUCAGGUGCACAGACGGGAUGUUAAUGCCAAAAAAAAAAAAAAUGCAACCAAACGCCACCCCCUUUUUUCCUCCCCUCUUGUUUUUGUCAGUCGUUGUGUUCGUUACCUCGCGUCGCGCCCCGGGACGCAGCACACCCAAGGGCUUCCCUCUUUGCAGCAAGCUGCCAAAGGUUUCUUUUGCUUGGCUUACCCAAAGGGGCACCUGUCCUGCUCCCAAGGGGCUCCCAGGAGCGGUGGGUGAGAUGAAGCUCUGGUUAUGGGGCUGGGUUCUCAUGUUGAAAGAUGGGCAUGUUUUGAAAGGGUUUGGUCUCUUGCUAGGUCAUCCCAGUGGGUCUUCUCUAGCCUUUGCCCAGUCCUUUGCGACUUCUGCAAGCCUCGGUGUUGAGCACAGCACAAGAGCUUGCACUCAUCACUGGCGCGCACAAAGCAGCUCUUGCCUCUUCUCUCCACACAGCCCUUGCCUUUGCUCCCUUUCCCAUCCCAAAGGCAAAUGGCAAAGAAAACCUGGAGAAAACCCGACAGACGUUCAGCAUCUCCUGCUUGUACUACGGUUCCUCUUGCUGUGGGUGGGCUGACAUUGUGCCAUCAGCCAUAAAGGGGUGUCUCUAGGGUGAUGGUGGCCCUAGGCUGCUCGGAUCCAAGCAUUCCCACAGCAACGCCUCCAGAAACCUCUCCCCAUCCCCAGUACAUCUCUGUGGGGCUGAAGCUGUCCCCGCUACUUACCCACCCAGCCCAGCUCUAAGGACUAGCAGCAAAUACCCGGGUGCUCCUUGGAAGUCGGGCCUCAUUUCUCUUUGCAGUUUCCCCUUUAAGUAUGCCAGAUGCAGUCUCAGUUCAACAGCGGAGUCUGUGGCACAGGUUGUGCAAGGGAAAGAGUUGGGGCCAAGGGAGGGGAAUUGAUUUAGGGUCUCAGGAAGGAAGUGGGUUGGGACACAGGCCCAUCUUCUGCUCAGGCAGCAGCUCCAUAAUGUUGCCUGGUGCUUUCAGAUCCAUGGGGUGACAUGGCACUAAGGGGGCAGGGAGAGAAGCGUGGCAUCCCCUCUGCCUGCUGACAGGCCCUUAGCUGGGAUAGCUCCCAGAAGGGUCUGUCCCUCGCUGGUGGCUCGGUAUUGGGAGCACUAGGGCAGCAUGCGUGCUGGGUACCUUAGAGCUUGCAGGUGCCCCUUCCUUUCUGGCUACCCCCUGAGCCUGCUCACAGACCCCAGGCCCGUAUCUGCCGUCAGUGAGUGGCAACUCGUCCCAUGCUGUCAGCAGAGCCCAGAGCAAAUAGCUCCAAAAGAGGCUUCCCGAUCAGAUUUGGCCUCCCGGUCCUUCCUGUUAAAUCCCACCAUUUGUAUUAGCAUAGCUGAUCCAUGCCAACCAGCCAAAUCAAAAGAAGGAAGAUGGUUCUCAGAUGGGAUUUAAAUCCCCCUGUCCAUUGCCAACCCACCCAGACCCUGGCAGAGCAACGGACUCUUUCCCAGAUCCCAGAGCGAUUAGUGUGGAGGGGGGCAGAGGUGUCACUGCAGAGCAAUGCUAGGAGUUUCCACCCACUGCAUCCCCUGCCCAUCCAUGGGCAAAAGGCAAGGUUGGGGUCGGACCCCUUCUAUGAAAAGCUGUUUGCUGCUGCUUUGUUGCAAUCCUCAAAAAGGAAGGGUCUGUAUAACAGCUAAGUAGUGCAGCCCCUACACUGCUGGCCUGGCAGCCUGUGCUUUCUCAACAGUAUUUUAUUGCUCAGCAUCAGCCCCAUAGUUAACCCAGCUGCUGGGUGAGGCUCCCAGGUCUUCAAAGGCUUGAAAGACCUUUUGAGUUCGGAGGUGGUUGUGUUACCUGUGACAAUGACUCUUCCUUCACCCAGAUUUCCUUGUGCUCCCCAUUCCUUCAGUUCUGCCUCCCAUAGAUCCAAGUCCUAACGACUUUGCAAUAGGGAUUUCUUCUGCCUGGACCAAGUUGGGGAUGAGGGGAAGGAAGAGCAACCUCUUCCCUGUAUUGCAGCUGCAAGAGCUGAGUCUCACGGAGUCGGUCGGCAGUCAGCACUGCUGCCAGCACGCACCGCUUCUGUUCCCCAGAGCCCACGCUAGAUGUCUCCACUGAACAUGCCUUUCUCCCCGCUUCCACCGCUUCUCGCUGGUGUGUGUCUGAGGCCGCUGGAAGGUUCAGUCUUGCUGGGAGGUGAAAUGUGAGGUUUAAAAGGAAAGAGCCCUUCUUUGAGAUGAGGGAAGGGAGAGGAGGAGAAGCAAAGGCAGCUGCAGCAAGUGGCAGAAGGCAAUAGCAAAUGUAACUUGGUCUCUGCAUGCCUGUUUGGAAACUGGGGGACCAGAUAGCCACACACGUCAGCAAAAGGGAGGAAGAAUGGGGUCUGGGUUCCUCCUCUGCCUCCCAAACCGGUGUGAGGUGCAGGAGCUGGGAAUAAAACCAGAACUUUGCUCCUGGUCUUCCCAGCGUACCUGGACCGCAGGUGGAUCCCAGAGGCAGCAGCCAGACAGGGAUACCGCCCCUGUUCUUAGAGCUCCUUUACAUCAUCCCGCCUUGCCUCUACCCAAGUUCACGCUGGUGCCGUCUAGAGACUGUUUUGCAUUUGGCUUAACUGUUGACCAAAGAAUUUUCUUAGGCCAGAAGCAUAAACCAAAACAUUUUGCUCAAACUUGUGCAUGUGCAUAUGCGCGAUGGCUUUAUUCUGUUCUCUCCCUGCCAGCCAAAAAGAGAAGCCCAUCAGGACUUUUCCCCAGAGGUCGGUUCAUUUUUAAGUUAUUGUUUUAAACCAAAGUUUACAGGCGCUUUUUGUACACAUGGGUGAAGGUAGACCAAACUUAAUGCUUUAGUGCUCUGCAGUAACAAAGCUCGCACUAGAGGUGAGGUGAGUAGGGGUUGGAGAUGUCUGUCUCCAGACUUCCUUUGCAUCUCACGUCCCUCUGCCUCUUAUCCCCCCCUCCCAUCUUAUUUCAGCCUCAGACCCCCAUUCCAUUGCGUUCACUAUACAAAUCUAAAUCUUGCAUUGGGGACCUUGUUCUGUUUAAGGGGAAUGGAGCUGCUCCUUGAUUGCAUAAAGGGCUUCCCCCGUUCUUUGUCCCCAGAAGUAUUUAACUUGGUCUCUUUGCCUUUGCUCAGUAGCAGAGAUUCCUCUUUGCUCUGGGACCCAAAUGUGCAGAUUCUCUUGAGGAUACAGCCAGCCUCCUAAGUACUUGAGUUUGCAAAGAGGAAUAGGAUGCCGAGUGCUACGUUAGAUGCACUGACCACUGGGGUGCUCUGUCAGCUGCGUGCACUGGGGCUGGGAGCUUGUAAAUUGUGGGUAUCUUCCAUGAUGAGCCCAAGUCGUAGUGCAGUCGCGUUCGCUUCGGCUUGCCUAUCUCCUUCCUGGUUUUAAGCACUCUGCCUGGUACAACGUGUGUUUGUUGGGCACCCGCAGGUGUUCUGGGGUGCCGCUAUGGACGUGGGCCGCCAGUAUUACCAUGGUGUUUCUCGGUACUGUACAGUCAGGAUGAUGAGGGUUUGACUUGUUCACUGUCCCUACUUGAGGAAGCCGUCUCUCUUUGGAAAUAUAAUUGUCUCUGUUCAAACCAAAACCUCUGCCUCGUUGUCUGGGUUUGUUAACUCCACGAGUCAAGGGGAUGGGAGCACAUGUUGAUGAAACCUUCAGGGCCAUCACCCACAUUGUAAGCCAUCAGGAGAGGUUCAGACGAGCAGGGUGGGAGCAGUCGUGGAUGCGUUCUGCCUCUUGAGCGGAGAUGCUGACGUUUUAUCUUAGCGAUGAGGCUGCGUUAGCAUUUUGUGAGGAGCCGUAAGGCCUGAUCCAAAGCCCCUUGAAGUUAGUGGGAUACAUCUUGUGAAUUCAAACAGGCUUUGGGUCAUGUCCUUCAUCGGACUGAAAUGGAAACAGACUCCAGUCACUUUUAACAUUCAGAGGUAUAAAGUGGGUACUCCAGGUCAGCUUCAACUCAUGCCAAGGACCUAUCCCCAUCACAGAAGUCAACACAGAGCAGCUCUCGAGCAUCAGGUCCAUUCUUGGACCCCAAUCCUACUGCAAUUGAAAUCAGUGGGAAUUGUCCUGAACGAGCUUCGUGUUUGCAGGCAGAAGUUCCUAGAAAGUAAAAACUCCUUUGUGGUGGACUGCGGAGAAAUCGGAUGAAAAGCUUGGUUCAUUGAGAGACCCCCUCGCUUGCAAUACCAGGGAUGUGUCAUUCUGACUAUAGCUGACUAGCUUUACAACACGCUAGAUGAAGAGGAGGAAAAAAACCCUCCGCUCGCUGCCUCAGAGACGGAAGUCAGUGUUUUAUUACCAAGUUAUUUAAAGUCGUAAGUGGAGUUUGCAUGCAUGUCUCUGGGUGUUCGUGCCCCGGGUCUCUCCCGUCACAACUCCCUGCUUUCAGUUUACUGUUAACCCGACUUGUGUGUGGUACAACGGCUCGGCGUGGGGUCAGAGCAGUCUGGUGUGCGUGUGGGGUGGGAAAAACCCAGCCCAAAAGCAGAUGUACUCUGGGAGCGUGAGGCAUUUUCCCAGCCCAGCAGAACCUUCUCUUUCUUCCCGCUUCGUUUGCUUUUAUUUUAAAUAACCACAUCUCCCCCAUGAGUGACUAUCGUACUUCUUCUCAUGGCACGGUCUCCAUGUCUCGCGUCACUCCUUGUAGUAUUCCACCAUGCCACCGAUGCGUGGCUGUCCCAACAGACUGGAUAUGCCCCAGGGCCAGGUAAAUUCUUUGGUAUUUGGGUUUUUGGUUACUUCUAAGGAGAAGAUUUUGUAAGAGAGUGCACACAAGCAGUGCCUAGGUCGCCAUGAAAAAACCCAGCUUCCAUGUGACCUCAAGGGUUUGCUUGCAGAGACUUAGUGGCAAGGUCUAGCCUCUGAGCAGCCCCGUGUGUUAUGCUGCAGGCUGAGAUUUCCUGCCCUGCCACCCAAUAAAUGCAGCUUGCUCUGGAAUCUCACAUUGCAACUGGAUGUUAGCAAGCCACCUCUGUUUCACGGGAUACAGACUUCCUGGCAAAGAGUCACGGGGAUCGUACGUGAGCAUGCAUCUUGAAGGGAUACAGCUUAGCAAAAAAAAAUUGGUGUUUAGGAAACAGCGUGGCUUACGAGUCUCUUCCUGCAUCCCCCUUCUUUAAAUGACUAAACUUGUAAAACGGGUUUCCAACUCUUAAUGCCUUUUGCUCACUGUUAAUAUUGUUUCUUUGUUUUCUUUUGCACUUUUCCUUUUGAGAGUGAAACCGGCCUGUUUGGUGUUAAGAAAAUAUCUUGCAUGCUCCACUUGCAAAACCACAUGCGCACAGACAAGCACUUAGGUUCACAGCGAGGUUCACUUCAUAGCUUGGAUGUUGGGUUUCUCGGAGGAAUAACCCACCCCAGUGAUCCCACCCAGAACCAGUGGGAGCUGCCCUGCUUCUGAAAAUCUGACCCACAACCGAACGAAAAUCAGCCGGCAACCAACAUAUGAAACAUUCAAAGUGAUGCCACUGCUUUCAGGGUUGACUGCAUUGUGAAAGAAUACGUACUAGUUAGGAUGGCUUAGCUCCUGUUAUAGGCCAAGAUGGUUGUCUUGAAGUGCCAGCUGGUGUCAUUUGGCAUGGCUCACUUGUGAUCAGAGGGUCAGGAUGCACGUCUGUCUGCACAGACCAGACUGACAUUGGGGACACCAGUGAGGUCGAUGUGGCUCCAUCAGCUUGAGAGAGGGGUCUUGAGUCCUAAGGGUCCCACUUCAUGUUAGCUCUCCAAAGAUGUCAUUGCCAGCAUAAACCAGUGGGAACUACUGCCCCUCAACUAACCAACGCUCAGCCGUAGUAAUGGCGUGAGAAGUGCUCCCAUAUUCUUUAGAGUAAAUGAGAUCCAUCCAGAGAUGCGCAUAAAGCAUAGGGAACGCACCAUGUCCCUCUUCUCUGCAACGCAACUGGGUAUAAAGCUAUCACUUCCUCUGCUGAUGCCUGUCCAUCCUGGUGUUAUCCUUGUGUUUCAGCAAAAGCAUUGGCCCGAUCCUGAAACUUCAAAGCCCAAGCCUUGACACCAGCACUUCUUACCAUACUGGGUAAGCCAAAUAGUUCCCUACUGUCCUCAGUAGAUUGAUCACACUGUUUCUUAAAAUAUACACCUAUAUGCCAAUGCACAUGUCUAUACAAACACACAUGUGCGCGUGCGCGCACGCACACAGCUGUCUAGAGGAUGUGAAUGCAAAUGAUGUUACAGAAAGAAAAGACGGUUUAUUUGUGCUCCUUUUUCCUCUGCUCCUGAAAUGUGAUGUCUUUGAUGCUUUUUUGCAAUUCCUUAUCCCUGGCUCAGAAGAGCGCUGUAGGAACGGAUAUUUAAAUAGAUGUGAUUUGUUUUUAAUUGUGCCCACGUUUGCAAGGUCAGACAGCUCUGAGCUUACCCCUUGUCCAUCUCCGGCCAGCCAAGAAACAUGAAGCGUCUGUGCCACGUUAAAUGAAUCCAGUUCGUCACUCAGGGGUAAAUGUAGCUCAUUCUCUUUGGUGCCUGGCGUGGCUUUUCCUGUUUAUAUAUACUUACGGUACAGUCCUGUAGAGACCAUCUCAUGCCUUCCUCUGCUUUCAGCCAAACAACGUACAGUACUUAAGUGGGGUUUUCUUAUUUUCACCCAUUGCAUUUUUUUUAAUGGUUGUGUACUUUACCUCAAUAAUGCGUCUAAUGUGGAAGGGAGGGGGAUGGAUAAAGGACCAAAAGCGGUGUGUGGCAGAAAGGUGUAUGUCUGUAUAUAUUGAGAUAUAUAUAUACUGGUUUUAAACCUACUAACACGAGUGCUUUUUCUUUUCCAUUGUUGGGUCCUUUAGCUCUCAUUGCAGUAUUCUGGGCAGGAAAACAUCCCAGGAGGCUUCUGGCUCCUUUCUCGGAGUUGGGGAGUUGUUCUGAUGCAUCUCAUUGACUUUCCAUGGAGUUUCUUCGCUCUGUCACUAUGCCUUGGGUUUUGUGCUUUUUUCUUUUUUCCUUUUGUGUGUAGCUAGUAUUGGUAGAGAUGCAGGAGGGGGGAGGCAGAGACAAACCAGAACAAAAAGGGAACUGGCAUCCCAAUCUAAUCCUUUCCAAUCUGUGCUGCUUUGGAAGGACCAAGAGGUGGAAGGCGGGGAGUUACGACAAAAACAGCGGAAGUUGAAUUAAACCAAAGGUUCUGUUUUGUUUACAUGAAUAUCCAAUGUCAUCAUUUUAAUUAUUAUUAAUGUUAUUGUUGUUGGGUUUUUUUCCUUGGAAGCUUUGUGGAAGUUUAGAGCCGGGGCAAAGGAUAGGGUGGCUGGAUUACGAGCUGCCCACCAAGUCCCCAGGUUUGGCUUGCUGCGACCGUAGGUGCCAUCAGCAAAGGGUGGCUCGCCAGCGGGCAUUCAGGUGUUGAACGCUCAAAGGGAGGAUGGAGCUGGCUUGGGGGGGUGGCAGAAAUGGGGUUACCUGGGAAGAGUAGGAAGUGGGGGAGAGGGGCCGCACUGGUGGUCCCAGGGAUUUGCUGAUCAGCCCUGCCUCUAGGAAGCUCUCCGUGAAAUUAUCCACUGCCCCCGUGCACGUCUCCAUUCACCUUCGGCACCGGUCAGAGCGCUGCCUCUCUGGCCACUACACAACCUAGGCAAUAGAGUCUUCCAAAUCUCUCACUGAAUCUCAGGUGGCGGGAACACCCCAAAAUGCACGACUAGUGACUUCUAAUCCAUAGGCUCUUCCACCAUGCCUGACGUGGCUUCCUAGCGUGGGUAUAUGGAAGGAGGAGAGGGAGUGUUAAGUGCAUCCCAGGCCGGCCUGACCUCACGUUUGCAGUACUCACUGCCAUCGGCAGGGCUCCCAGCUCUGAGCACGCUUGGUUGCAAAGGGACUUUGCUGUCCCUGCUCGCGGUCCCCAGGCUUGGGACAAGGUGGAGUCCUGUGUCUGAAGAAACGGUUCCCGCUUUCCAAGUUUGAACCAAACUCCCGUCCGAGCUCCUUGCUCGGCAACUUCCCCCCUCAACGAUUCUGACCCUUGAGACUGUUUCUCUUCCCUCGUGGUUCGGAGGGAGGCACGGUGGGAAGGUUUAGACCUCCAGGAACUUUAUAAUUCUUCUUUAUUUUUAUUUUUUUGUCUGGCAUUUGUCCGCCUAACGAUCAGAUCCUUCAGGAGGUGGAAGGUGGGAAGCGUGUGUGAAGGGGGAGGAAGGGAAGGUGGGGGGAGGAUGUGUAUAAACCUUGACCUUUUCUCUCCCACCGUCCCCAUCACUGCCAUAGCCCCAUGCUGUAUAAAGGAAAUAGCAUUGCUGUGUAUUUGUACUCUGAACUUCCGUGUGUCUGCUUUGGCAGACGGUAAACCCUUGUACAGUAGAACUAGCUGCAUGUAAUCUGUAUGGACAAUGGCAUUAUAAAAUGCAAUAAAAUAAAUUACCUAUC